AUGGGGACUGGGCUAGAAGUUGCAGGAGCAGGGGACAGCUCUGCUGCUCCUUGGCUACACCCACCUGGGCCAAGUCACUUGAUUCUUAGCCUCCCCGUCUUCAUCUACAAGAAGGAGACAAACAUCAUCACAAUAACAAACUCCAGUGGAGACUGUCUUCUCCCAGGGUUGCGCCAGCUCGUGGCUGCCGGUGUUUCUGCAAGAACUCAGGUGUUCUCCCCUAACUGUCUCAGCAAACAGCAGCUCCUCUCGGCCAUCCGCCAGCUGCAGCAGCUGCUGAAGGGCCAGGAGACCCGCUUCGCGGAGGGCAUCCGCCACAUGAAGAGCCGACUGGCCGCGCUGCAGAACUCUGUGAGCAGGGUGGCCUCGGAUGCGCCCCCAGUUUCCUGCCCAGCGCUGAGCGCCCCACCUGACGGCAGGAAGUUCGGAAGCAAGUACUUGGUCGACCAUGAAGUGCAUUUUACCUGCAACCCCGGCUUCCGGCUGGUCGGGCCCAGCAGCGUGGUGUGCCUUCCCAAUGGCACCUGGACAGGGGAGCAGCCCCGCUGCAGAGGUACCAGCGAAUGCUCCAGUCAGCCUUGUCAAAACGGCGGAACGUGUGUCGAAGGUGUAGGCCAGCACAGGUGCAUCUGUCCCCCAGGGAGGACUGGGAGUCGCUGUCAGCAUCAGGCUCAGACUGCGGCCCAAGAGGACGAGGACGAGGGCGACGUGGCCGGUGAUCCUGCCUUCAGCCGCGCGCCGCGCUGUGCGCAGGUGGAGCGGGCGCAGCACUGCAGCUGCGAGGCCGGAUUCCACCUGAGCGCCGCGGCCGGCCGCAGUGUCUGCCAGGAUGUGAACGAGUGUGAACUCUAUGGGCAGGAGGGGCGGCCCCGGCUCUGCAUGCAUGCCUGCGUGAACACCCCGGGCUCCUACCGCUGCAUCUGUCCCAGUGGAUACCACACCCUGACUGAUGGGAAGACCUGUGAGGAUGUUGAUGAGUGUGCAGGUCCACAGCCCGUGUGCCCGCAGGGGACCACAUGCAUCAACACUGGGGGAGGCUUCCAGUGCGUCAGCCCUGAGUGCCCCGAAGGCAGCCACAACGUGAGCUAUGUGAAGACUUCUCCCUUCCAGUGUGAGCGAAACCCCUGUCCCAUGGACAGCAGGCCCUGCCGCAGCAUGCCCAAGACCAUCUCCUUCCAUUACCUCUCUCUGCCCUCCAACCUGAAGACGCCCAUCACGCUCUUCCGCAUGGCCACGGCCUCGGCCCCCGGCCGACCUGGGCCCAACAGCCUGCGGUUUGGGAUCGUGGGUGGGAACAGCCGUGGCCACUUUGUGAUGCAGCGCUCAGACCGACAGACGGGGGAGCUGAUCCUCGUCCAGACCCUGGAGGGGCCGCAGACGCUGGAGGUGGACGUUGACAUGUCAGAAUACCUUGACCGCUCCUUCCAGGCCAACCAUGUGUCCAAGGUCACCAUCUUUGUGUCCCCCUAUGACUUCUAAGGGUGCCUGGGGGUGGGGAGCGGGGGUGGAGAUAUGGGCUGAUUCCUCUUCCCCAAGGACUCAACUGUGGGCACUGACUGUGACAGACGUCUCUCCCCUCUACCUUGCCCCUGCCCUGUCACCCAGGCU